CCUUCUUGUCAAAACUGUUGUACGUGUAUCAAUAGCUACUACAAGUUAUUCUGAAAAAACAACUGAAAUUACUGAAGAACCCACUUCAAGAGAUAAUAUUUCACAACAAGGCGAUGGUAUUCGAAAUUAUUUAAUAAUAUCAGCUAUUAUAAUAAUUUUAAUUAUAUUUAAAUAA